GCUGUCAAUCAAAGGUUGCUCGAGGGUCUGCUGUGCAGUCUCAGCGGAGUCAUUGGAAAUGGUUGUAGCAUCGCGAAAUUAACUCUGAGGAACCCGAGGCAAACGCAGCCACACGAGUACUUUGCCUUUUAGUUCAACUACUUUGAUACUUGGCUAGGGCUGAGCCCGAGUUCUCCGGUUCAAUUACUCGCUUCCAAUCGCACUGUUCUGAGAUGGUGCUGAAACGGGCUGACUGGAACCUGUGGAUUGCCUGUCUUUGCAUAGUUUGUUUCCAAGGUUGGGUGGAGCUGUUAGAAGUUACUGUGGGUAGUACGAGUGUAAAGGUUGCCAGAGGUCAAACAGCAGUACUACCAUGUACCUUCAAAACGAAUGCGGCGUUGACUCAGCUGAACGUCAUCUGGACUGUGACACCUCGAUCCAAUGCCAAUCAGCCAGAACAGGUAAUUUUGUACCAGGGAGGUCAGGUAAUCAGUGGGGCCAGCCACUUUAAUUCCCGUGUGGGAUUUGUCAUCACCAUGCCCAGCCUGAGUGCCUCCAUCUUCAUUAAUAACAGUCAAUUAUCAGACACGGGGACAUACCAGUGUUUGGUGAACAAUCCACCUGACCGAGGAGAAAGGAACAUAGGUGUCCUUGGACUGUCUGUUCUAGUUCCACCCGCUAUCCCAUUGUGCCGGCUUCAAGGAGCUGUUGCUGUUGGAAACGAUGUCACUCUGACUUGUAGUUCAGAAGAAGGUCUCCCGCUCCCAACAUAUUCCUGGGAAAAGCUUGAUUCAAUUGCUAAACUGCCACCAAUGUCAGUAGAGGAUAAGAUGCAGGGGACACUGAUCCUCCGGAAUAUCAGCACAGCCAUAAAUGGCUUAUACCAAUGUACGGUUACUAACGUAAUGGGAUCCCACAACUGUGCCAUUGACCUCCAGGUUAUUGAACCACAACUUCAGCAUGUUGGAAUCAUAGCUGGAGCUGUGAUUACGGGAAUCCUGGUGCUUCUGCUCGGCAUAAUUUUUGUUAUUGUCAUUCUUUUCUACCGGAGAAGUAAAAACAAGUAUGAAGAGGAAGAAAUUCCUAAUGAGAUACGGGAAGAUGACAUCCCACCAUCAUCAUCCAUCAAAGGCUUCCAUCCGGAUGGUUCCUCUGAAAAUGAUACCCUUGCUUCAGCAAACACAUACAGUGCCCACUACUGGCAAAGAAAAAAUCCCACCUAUGAGUCAAAUAUGUUUAAUCGAUAUAAUGGUCACAUGCACCACUCCAUUACUAUGUCAUCUGGUCAACCACAGAGUCGUCCACUGUACAUGAAUGGAAGCCACCACACCAUACCAAAGACAGCAGUCAUUACCACAAGUUCAUCUCCGUCUUCACAAAACUUAGCAAGGUACAAUGACUCACUUGGUCGUAAAACACCUCCACUGCUCCCGCACUCCUAUACUGUGAGUCAUGCAAAUCUUCAGCGAAUGGGUGGCAUACCGGUCAUGAUACCUGCACAGAAUAGGGCAGGAUCACUGGUGUAAAUAACAACAUUUCACAGAUAGAAGACAUUACCUGUGAGCUAAGCCUCAAUUAUAAACUGAUCUUUUUCAUGUAUAAAGGUAUAACAUGCCCUUUCUUACCAGGUAUCUGAUGAACAAGAUAUUCCUAUAAAAGCAAAGCUAUUUCAUGCCUGAGUUUGAUUUAAAUACAACUGUGUUUUGUCUUAAAUUAAUCUUACUUUGAAGUCUUACUUUGAAAAAGUCUUAGAUUGACAUUGACACAUCAUCAUAAGGUUCAAAGAAAAAAAUGGGAGUACCCAUUUUUUUUCCCAAAAAGAACAAAAUAUGUGUUUGAAAUUGAAGAUGAACAAUCCAGGUUUGUGAUUGGACUGCAUCAGCUCUACAACCUGUGAAAGAUUUAAUCAAAGCUUGGAAAAUGAUUGCUUCCUUCUGAGAAAUGAAGAUUCCUGGUGGAAUUUUACCAAAAAUAUCUCAAAGCAUGAAUGCCUCACUUUACUUGCUCUUGGAAACCUGUAAAUACAUCAGCAAAAUAAGAAAUAGACUAGUUCUGGAAAGCUAACGACUCAUUUCCAAAGUUUAGUCAAUUAUGUUAAGUGCAUGAAAUGGCCUGCAUGUUGUAGAAGAUAAUAACUUCAUCGACAGAAUGUAAUUUUGGAACAAUAUAGGUUUCUUUGAAAAAGAUUUGAUGUUUUUUCAUCUUCUAAUGUGGAUACACUAUAUUGUGCAAUGUAUUGGUUUUGUUGAAGUGUUCAUGUGACAGUGAUUCUCAAGAAUAACAGUGACAAGCCUGGCCAUGAGAAGACUAGACUGCUGUGGUGAUAUGUGGAAGAAGAUGUUUGAAAAUGGAAUGAAAACACUGAAUGAUAGCACUAAUUGAUACCACACCUGGACUGAGCAUGCAUACGUCUUAAUUGUUCUGUGGAACAAUAAACCAGUGACUUAAACUAGUUUUCUAUAAUGGCAAUAAUGAUGAUGAUGGUCGUGGUAAUCAAUGUAGAUAUAGAAUGACUAAAGUUUAUUCUUUUGUAUUUUGUUAGGACUUCGGAAAAAACACACUGAAGAAAUAUUCCUUUGGUCCCUGCCAUUAUUAGGGGAUUAGGUUAUACUUGUGUUGGAAUACUUACAUACGUUUACAUUUUUUUUAUUAGUGACUAUGACCAUUGUGCAUCAGGUUGAACUCAAGUGUGAUAAAUAUUCCAGGUUUUUGCCAUUGAUAUUGCAGAGCUAUGGUCAGUCAGUAGAGGACUGUCAUUUAUAUCCUUGUGAAGAGAGAGAUCGAGGAGCGACAUUAGAUCUAUUUCAGCACUUUCCUUUCCAUCCCUGUACUGAACUGGGAAUGAGGACUGACUUCAACUAAGUAAGCAUCAAUAUAAAGUGGUUGACUACUGUACCAUGAGGACAUUGGAAAUUAUUAAAGUAUUGCAUCCUCCUGUGUUUUGUAAAUACUGUAGAUCGCUAAUGAAAUGGUGCCAAAACACCUCCAAACAUUACUAAACAUGCCAGCUUGUCAACAAAUCAAAGGAUCUGGGUUUUGCAUUCAUGUUUAAGAUUGAAAGUCAGUUCUCCUUGAAUAGCCCAAGGAGAUUAGAUUACAAGUAAACCCAGGGCCAUUGUGAUAAGACUGCUGGUCAGUGAAAAUUAAUUCCAGGCAGAAAACACCACUAAUUUUCCACUGUUUGCACUUGAAUUAAUCUUUUUAAAAAUCCAGAUUCAGCAGUUUAUGGUCUUUUUGGUUCCUGUGCACUUGUCUAACUCUGUCAUUUACAAUAAAAGUCAAAUUAGUAUUGUAACAUGUUGGUAUUUUGGAUUUUUCACUUUCCAUUAAUGAAAUAUGUUUAUCAGCUUUGGAGAAAAAAAAACUGUAUUGAAGGAAAAUGACAAAAGAAACAGUUAUUUUUAACUCAACACUGGAGGAUAAGGAGGAUUAAAAGCACAGUUAUCCUGCACAGUUGCUUGGUCUAUUUUUGAUUGCUCAUUUCUAAAUCUUUAAUGUACUUGUGUGAAUUGGCCAACAGUGGAAUGCUGGCAACAACAUUAAGAUGAAUAACAUGUAAUGUAUAGAUUAAACUAAUACUGUGCCCUUAAGCAGAUCCUUCAGGAUAACCAUUUAAUGCUGAUUUGAUUGGUUAUUCUUCACUGGAGGUAUCCUGCUCUCUAUUACUUCAUAAAAAUCAAUUAACAACAACUUAUUUCCAUCAAAUCAGAAAUAAAUUCGAAGUAGAGAAUUUUAGGCUUUUCACCCAGUGAUGAUAAAGAAAGAGCAAUAUAUUUUCAAGGCAGUUUGAUUGUGACUCAGGGUAUUGGUGUUACCAAAUAUCCGUUGCUACUGUUUUCGCAGAUUGUAAUUGUCUAUGGUUUGAGCUAGGAAGAGAAGUUUUGACUUAUACAGCUUGUAGAUUGAUCCAUGUUGGAUUGGCAAUGGAGAGAGGGGAUAUUUUAAGUUGUGGAUGGGUUUUCAGUUCUGCAUGUUGCUUUUCCUAGUAAGUUGUAAGCUUUGGCCAAUUUCAUCCUUGUAAAUGGAGACUACUCUGCCACGUUCCAAACUGGAGUAUCUUUGAUGCUUUGAGAUGUCAGGAUCAGGUUCAUUUGUCCUGGUUUAACUAGUCUCUGACCUGCUGUUGUAUCCACAGUAUUUAAUUGAAGGUUCCUGUAGGUUAAUGGUUAAUAGUGAUUUGCAAUGUGUUGGUGUGUGAUUUAACUAUAAUAGCCAGGUCCAACAAAAGUUGUGAUCUUGUGAAAAUUGUCGUUUUUACAAUACAAAACCUCCUUGUGUAUUUGUUGAUACUUCCUCUGUUCUGGAAAUGGUAGAAAGGCUUUAGUGGUGAUGUGAAGGAGAAGCCGGUUCAUCAGCUGAUGGUGGGGACAGUGGUUAGUGUGGGUGCUGCCUGCAGUGUGUUUGGGGCCAGCCCCCAUUCCAAAGGCCUCUCCCCACUACCCAGUGAUGCCUCUGGAUGCAUCCAGAUUUUGUGUUCUCAAUGUUGUAACUGGUUCAAAUAGACAAAUGGGUUUGGGUUGGAGAAGUAAGCUAGACCAGCAUUUAUGUACUGCUUUAUUUCAACAGAUAAAAUACAGAUUAAAAAAAAAAUGUGUGAAGUUUGUUGGUAUAGACAUUGGUAAGUUUGUUGGCGAAGACAUAUCUGCAGUGUGGGCAGGGACCCCUACUUGGCUUCUGAUCUCAAGACCUUGUUUUUGUUGCCCUCCUGGUAUUUCAUGCAACGUACCCUCUAAUUGUUUUUUUCACAGCUGCACGGACCAAACAAAUAUUGCUCUGAGCAGGAAAUUUAUACACAGCCUGAAAACUGCAUGGCACCUUAAAUGAUUUUUUUUUUGUAAUGUGCAUACUAUGAAUAUUUAAAAUGAAAGUUGAAAAAUCACUUACUUUUGAUUUUAUUAAUUGAAGAGUAUAAUGAAAUACAGUAGAACAAAGAAAAUCUUUCGUAUUUUGUAAGCUUUUUCUAGUCUGUCUUUAUUACAAAUCCAUUGUCUAUAAACACUGACUAGAUUAAUUUUACAUUCAGAUGAAAGAUGCAUCUAAAUCCUCAUUAGAUUGUCCAAAUGUUCCACCUCUGGUCUGUUUCUGGGUUUACAUUGACUGAAUUCGAAGACUGAAUCCAUAUUCACAGUCAACACUAGAAGCUUGAAAUGCUCCAACGAUGUCAACAAGAAUUCUUCAAAUACUUUGUUUCAAAACACAUAGUUCAACAUAUCAGUGAAUGUCUUAAUUGAAUGAGUCUUAACUUUCUCAGAAGCGACAAAUUUGAAAUCACAGGUAUUGCUGCAAUAUUUUUGAGGCGACACUUUUGUCGUAAUUCGUAAUAGUAGCUGGGUAUUUUUUUUGUCAGUCAUACAGCAUUCUCUUUUCCGAUUUCAAAAUUAGUUGCAUUUGCAAUAACAACAGGGUCAAAAACUUGCCAUUCUCUUAACUCAUCAUCUAGAAAUCUAUUAUCCAAGGGAUUACACACAUAUUGAUUGAAUUGAACGUUAACCCCAGUAUCGACAUCAGAACUUGUAGAUGCAAGCAGAUCUUUCACUUUGACACAUUUCAUGAAGUUUUUCUAGUCUGACUUUAUUACAAAUCUUGGUAUCGCCAAGAUACUGUGAAUGUAAUUUGUUACAUUGUUGCUUUUGCACACUGUAGUACUUCAAUUGCAUUCAAACAACUUUUUUGAAGGAAUUUACAAAGAGAUGCAAGAUCUUCUAAAAAUCGCUAAGGACAGUUAGUGUUACUCAAUAUUGUGGAUUGGUCAACAUCUUCAGGCAGUGGAUGCUGACUACAUUCAUUAACUUGCUCUCUGCAAUACUGGAUCAAGACUUAUAAAAAUUAUAUUAACAUUAUAUAAAGGAAAAAUCAGUUGUGCGACAACAAAGGCCACAUGCUGGGGAGCAUUUCAGUUACUUCGUGGCCGUGCAUCCAUGCAGUUUAGAGGGAACAGUGAUUUAAUGCCUGGAACACCACUAAAAUUCUUAAAUGAGAUAAGCUUACACUGAUAUAUGAGGAUACUCAUUCUAAUGAAAGUGCUCAAAAGUGCCCUGAGUAUAACAUCAGUCAUAAUAUCAAUACUACAGUGCAUGAAGCAAAAGUUGCUUUUGGCACUUCAGAACCAUUCAAUGAGAUGUGAAUGUCGUAUUGCAAUCAUAACACAAUGUAAUAGGAUGGAUCUACAGCUAUGCUCCUGAGGGAUUUUGUUUUCUUCAUCAUGAUACCCCAGCGCAUGACACAUUUUGAAAUGCUGCAUAGUGUGCUAACAUUUUUUGGUACAUUGCAAGAGUUAUCAGAAAUCUUGUUGUAUAAAUCACUGUUGCAGAACAGUACUCUCUUAAUUAUUGUC